AGAGAGAGAGAGAGAGAAAGGAGGAGGAGAGAAAUCUGGAAAGAGAGAUAAAGACAGAAGGAUAAAGGCUGAUAAGGCUGUGCCGGCCCGCGGGUUACAGUGGAGAGUAAGAGAGGAGAAGAAGUGAGAGAGUGACUGGAGCUAUAUCCUCUCCGUGGUCCCAACUGUGUGAUUCUGCUGCAGCUUCUCUCUGUCACUGACUGAUCCAACACAGAUGAUGUCAUUACAGCACCUGACCUGUGGUUGGCUGCAGCAGCUCCUCGUUGUGCUUCUGAAGCUUUGCCUCGCUUUUGCUGGGCCUUUGCGACCACUCAACGGGACAGAAUGCACAGCCAAGGGUCCUGCUUCCUACAUCCUGGUCUUUACAGGUCACUGGAGCCCACAGGCCUUCCCCAAGCAGUAUCCACUGUUCCGGCCCCCUGCACAGUGGUCCAAACUCAUAGCGGUCAGCCAUAAUCGCCAUUUUCGGCUGUGGGAGGAGGGUGCUCCAGCUAGUGCAGGGGUGCAGAGCUUCGCUGAAGUCGGGGUGACGGUGGAGCUGAUGAAGGCAGCCAAGGAGGCCAGGAAGAGACGUACUGUCGGCGCCAUGUACCGAACGGCCGGCAUCCCUAACGGCAUUGGGCACAGCUCCACAGAGUUGCUCAUGCAGCCCCGGAGUUCACUGUUGUCCCUGAUGGUGAAGAUGAUCCCCAGCCCCGACUGGUUCGUCGGUGUGGACACCCUAAACCUUUGUGAGGGCAGCCAGUGGAAACAGGAAGUGAACAUUGACCUCCAGCCUUAUGAUGCAGGGACAGACAGUGGAUUCACUUUCUCAUCACCAAACUUCCCAACCAGCCCACCAGAAAACAUCACAAAGAUCACAUCUCAGAUGCCGAACCAUCCAGCCAACUCCUUCUACUAUCCACGGAUAGAGGAGCUUCCACCUAUUGCCAGCAUAAGGAUCACUCGACAGAGCAGAUCACCUGACCGUCAAACCCCAAUGUCCAAUCAUAUUCUGCCAAACUCUAUCAUUCCCCAGCGCUUCUCAGCGACACCACUGGACUGUGAAGUGUCUUUCUGGUCUUCCUGGGGUUUGUGUCUGGGCCCCUGCUCCAGAGGUGGUGUCCGCCACCGCACACGUUACAUCCUCUUGCGGCCGGCCAAUGCUGGCAUCCCCUGCCCUGAGCUGGAGGAACAGGCUGAGUGCGUAUCACACAGCUGUAUGAGACUCCAGUAACACGCACAAGCACAGAUACUGCCAGUAUUCAACACUGGGACUCUCAUGUUAUUACUGCUGGACUGAGAAAUGUUGCUGCAUCAUUUACUUGAUAACAAAAUGGAUUUUUGUCACAAUCAAAUUGUGAAAAUUUAAAGAGACCGUUUGGAUUUUUUUUAAGUGGGGUUGUAUGACGUACGUAUCCAUAGUCAGUGUAUAGAUGGCACUCAGCAUGUCCCUAGUUUGAAGAAGCAUACAGGAAUAUCAGCAUGGAAGCUAAGGAAAGCACUGCUGUGGACGGGCUCAGCAAUAAAACAUAUUUUAGCUGCCUAAAAAAGGCCCACCUAAAAGAGAAAAAAAACAAUGUCAGGUUGAAUGUAGGCUUUAUUUAGAAUAUUUUCACUGCUAUACCUUACCACCGUCAGACAGACCUUUCCAA